AUGGAUACAAUCGAUUUUACUAAUAAUGGUACGUCGAAAAUCUUGGCCAAGCGACCGAGAGUACGUCGAAAUAUACCACGACGCAGAAGACUUGCAUUAAGGAAUAUUAUAUAUCUUCAAAACACAACGCAUCUUCUUAUACCGAGAGCACCGUUUAUUCGUUUAGUUAGACAAAUUUUUAUAGAAUUAUAUUCCACAAUUUACAGAAUACAAUUGGUCGCACUAGAAGCAUUACAAGAGGCGUUAGAAAUGUAUAUGAUACAAUUUUUCGAAGAUUCAUUGUUAUUGACUAACCAUGCGAAGCGUGUAACACUUCAAAAGGAUGAUAUGUUAUUGAACCGACGAUUAAGAGGUCGAACUGACAUUAUCAACAAAUGAAAUAAAGUAAAACUCGUUAUCGACUGUAAA